AUGCAAUUGAAAUGCCCCAGAGACGACAUUUGUUCGAAUGAGAAAUUAGAAUACGAUAAAUCGACAAUAAAAGAAAAAUUGGGCUAUGCUAAACCGGUGGUAGGUGUACUUCUCCCAGAAUCUAAUCAAAUCGCCCGUGAAAAUGUAAAUCGGUACUACAAGGGAGUAGAUCAACUGCAGGAAAACAAAGAAAACGUCAAUCCUUAUAAAUCAGAACCGCCGUAA